AAUAGUUGAGGUGGCGGUAAGAGAGAGUGGAGUAGAGAAAGAGAGUAGAAUUUUCGAGUGGUGCAGAAAACGGUCACUCUUUUUUCCCCCUUGUCGUUUGUUUUUUUCACUGCACUCUCCAUCUCUCUCCCUCUGUCUCUCUUUAUCUUUCUGUCUAUACGUAGCAGUACAUGAGUAGAGUAAAAGCGGAUAUUUCGCGCCAUCGCGAGAUGCUGACUUUUUUUGGAUGCAGAGUCAUGAAGAUAGAGUGAUUGUUAUAUUCUGGAAUAUCGCUCAGCAAAUUUGCCAUGGCAUAGUGGCAGACUUACGACGGGUUCUCUGAAUAUCAACGAUGUAUCUCCCCGAGGAUAACACGUUGCCCUUUGAGGCAGGCAACGUGGCUCCGUCCCUUCAUGGCCCUCCACCAAAAUCCGAUGCCGAUCUGGAAGGCGACAGCCAGGAAAAGAAAAAGAAGUGUGCUACACAUAUCGAUAUCGAUCUCCUGAAGAGCAAAUCCUUCUACUUCCUGUUCUACGGUGCAUACGGGAGUCUUUACCCGCUCUUGGCUGUCUACUUUAAGCAGCUAGGUUUGAACGCAUCCCAGAGUGGUCUCCUAAUUGGAAUACGACCCUUCAUCGAGUUCUGCGCCGCGCCACUCUGGGGCGGUCUUGCCGAUUCCUGGCGCAAGGCCAAGGUUCUGUUCCUGUUCUCGCUCUUUGCGUGGCUUCUCUUCACCGAAGCGAUGGCUUUUAUUCGACCUGCCGGCUCCAAGUGCAUCAUCUUCAAUCAGACCGAUGAAAACGGGCGGGUGACCAUCGUCGUCGACCAAAUCGUUCACGAUGGCGACGUGCACCAUUAUGUGUACGGGCCCAAAGACCACGAAGAGGAUGACGGAACGGUCGUUGGUCACCAAUCAGAUAUCGAUCAACCAUUCCAUACAGGUGAAACAAGUCCUGCAGUCGAUAAAUUAUCUGGAGGUCUCUACAAGCUUCUCAACAAAAGCUCCUGGACAGGAGAACCCAUUCGUCGUUUGCCACCUGGGACGUCCGGUGUGAGGUUCAACGAAGAUGUUCGUGGUGUCUUCCUUCUCCUGCUCAUCAUCAUCGUUGUCGGGGAGUUCUUCAGCUCGCCUACAAUCACCCUGGCGGAUUCGGCCACCCUGGGAUACCUCGGUAGUGACCGUUUGGAAUACUAUGGUCAGCAGCGGAUGUUUGGCUCCCUGGGGUGGGGGAUCUUCAUGUUGAUCGAAGGCAUCCUGUUAGACCACACAGCCACCCACACGCACGGCUGUGGAGAUGCACUUGCGGAAGUCAUAGAGGUUAAAAGAAACUAUUACAUCUGCUUCGGGACCUACGCAGUACUCAUCACCUGCUCCUUCUUCGUGGCAACUCAGUUCAAGUUCAAGUAUUAUUCUGAAGAUGAUCACAAGACGGAGAUGACCAAACUGACCUACAACAAGAAGCAGGGUCAGAUCAGUAUUAGUGGUGAAAAUCGUGGUCCUGGGACAUAUGGCAGCGUGGCCAGCCCAGAAGGGACCAACCCUACCUCUUCAAGUGCCGAAGGCGGCCAAACCAGCAACAGUGAGACCAUAGAGACCACGGACCCCUUGCAGGGUCAAGAAGGUCCUCUCGGGCAAAGUGGACCAUUGACCUGCAACAGAAGUGCUCUAUCCUCAAGCGAAGCACAGUCAGAGGACCCUGCUGGCAUCAGACAGGUGUUCCGGAUGUACGCCACCAUCCGCUACGGUUCUGUCCUUUGCGUUGCUUGGUUUGCGGGAUUCGGAAUGGGUCUCCUGUUCACCUUCCUCUAUUGGCAUCUUCAAGAUCUUGGAGGGCCGCCAUCUCUCUUCGGUCUGGCUUCGGUAGUCAACCACGUUUCAGAGAUACUUGCAUAUUUCUUCAGCCACAAGAUUCUUCAAGCGAUCGGUCACAUCCCUGUGUUCUGUCUCGGUCUGUUCUGCUAUGCCAUCCGCUUCCUAGCCAUUUCUGUGCUCAUCAACCCAUGGUGGGUUCUUAUCGUGGAAACCCUACAAGGUUUGACUCACGCACUGAUUUGGGCAGCUUGUACAUCUUACAUUGGUCUCGCUACGUCCCAGCGUCUGCGUUCAUCGGCUCAAGGCAUUCUACAGGGAACUCAUCAUGGAUUGGGCAGGGGGUGUGGCGCCAUCUUCGGUGGACUGCUAGUCAAUGCUUUUGGUACGGAGCAGACAUUCCGUGGAUUCGGUGUCGCUUCUCUCGUUGUCCUCGUCAUCUUUCUGGCCAUGCAGUAUCCGUCUUACAACAACCCCAAACCCGACCCGUCAUCGUCCACCGAUCCGACGUCGUCUACCAAAGCGAGGUCCACAUCGUCGUCGAACCGCGACGAAAUCCAACCUGUGCUGACCGCCGAGGACGUCACUCCCAUCCCAUAUUCGGAGAAACGCGACGAAACCGUCAAUGAUGACGGAGAUCGAGAUCUUGAGAUAGAAGGAGAAAGACGAGGAGCCGAUGUCGGGGGAGCUCCUUCACGAGAAGUCGAGCAGGGUGCCGCAGGUGGAGGCGAAUUUUGAUGUCAAAGAAUUUCAGUUGAUUUCAAUUAUUUUACGUACCCGAAAUUAUGAUAAAUUUAGAAUUUACACAUUCAAGACAACUGACUAAAUCUCAGGCGAUUACAAUCUGUCAUCGUAUUCACGUCGCUGGUGAAAAUUGGGUAUUAUAAGAGCAAAAGUAAAUUAUUAGAUGAAUAGUAGGAUAUACAGUAUGCCUAUGAUAAAGUCAAGUUGAGAGACGCUCAAUAUCUUACCAAAGAAGUAUUCAUAUCAUUCUUCGUAAAAAAAUCAAACAACUUUGAAUAUGUAGGCCAAUUAAACUAGGGAAACAAAAAAAUGUUUAAAAAAAGAAUUAACUGUGAGUACCGUACCCCCACUAUUGCUUGCUGGUAAGGAAUAUUUUAGGCGUGUUGUGUUAAUAAACUCUAUCGCUUGUAUAUAUAUCGAUAUUGAAUGGUUCUUAUAGAUAUAGUAAUACAUAUUUAAAAAUAUCUAAAAUAUUUAGAAAUAAUUUGUGAAAAAGAAAUAGAAGAGUGACUUGUACAUAAUCAUUAAAAGUGCCACUAUGCUUUAUUUUUGAAAAACAAUUGUAUAAUGUUGGAUGUAAAAUAGUUUUUGUGUGCGUUAUGAAAUAGAGCUGCAUUAAUAGUAACUGUAAUAUUGCUUUGUGAACUAUAAUUAUGGUGUAAGUAUUUUAAUGGUAAUAAUUAUGAUAGGCUAUGAUGUUGUAUCAAGUAAAUAUGCCGCUACCCUUGGCGCUAAGAAAGAGAUGUGGGGGUCUAGUAGAGCAUUUUCAUAUUAUUGAUGGAAAGAAAAUUAAUAAGGAGAGAACAGGAUAAGGGAAGAAUAUGAAGGAAAGGGAAACGAAACUUAAAAAUGGAUAAGAGAUGACUUAAUCGUCAUGAUAAAUCUCCAUUUUAUUUCAAAAUAUUGACUUUUGUCUUCUCAUGUUAACGCCAUUCCUGCCCUAUAACAAAUUCUCAAUGAGAGGGGAAUUCAACAUCAAGAGGAAGACAACACGCAGUAUUUUCAUUCACUGAAUAUAAUUUUUAUGUUAAGUUUUAUUUUCAGGAAAACAUUCCCUAGCUGCAGUAAACGAAACGCCAUUAUCAGAAGUAGUAGUAGUCAUGGUAGUAGUAGUAGUAGUAGUAGUAGUAGUAGUAGUAGUAGUAGUAGUAGUAGUAGUAGUAGUAGUAGUAGUGUUACCAUCAUCAUUUGUUUUACUGAUGUGCUUUUCCCAUUAUUAGGCACAAAGCGCUUUCAAAAUGUACAAUGUAUUGAAUAUUGUUUGCAAUGCGGUAAUCUUGAAACUAUACAUGCCAUAAUUUUUUCUUCAACAAUGUCCAAGCAUCAGCAAAAACAAUAGCAUUGGUCCAUUAGUCGGUAUACACUUGUGCCCGGCACUUGUGAUUCCGAAUGUUUGUUAUACCAAAUGUUCGUUAUACCGGAUGUUCGUCAUACCGAAUUUUCGUUAUACCGAAAGUUCUCUGUUCCGAAACAUGUAGGUUGUAUAGGCUUAUGCCAAGAUGUUCGGGUGAAAAAACACACUCAUUGUAUCUUAUAAUAAGAGACUUACCAGUUUCUUUUGUUUUAAUGUUAUAUCAAAUUAUUGGGGUAUUAGAACAUAUCUGAGGUGGAAACUUCUUGGACAAUAAUUCUAAUAGUCAUGUUUAGAAUCAGUAUUUUGAACAUACACUUAAUAUCCGUCCGAUAGCAACAUCCCCAAUUCUAUUAUUAUUGAUAUUAUUUUUGGAUUACUCAAAUUAAAAUGUUUGUAUUCAACUUAAUAGAGAUAAUUACAAAGCAUAUUAAUGUAAUGAAUACUUCAAUAAGGAAAUAUUCGAUCUGAAAGCUCGAAAAUGUCAAUGUAAUUGUUGUUUAACGUUGUCUUGACGUGUUUUUCGGCGCAUCAGAAAAUCAGCAAAGCAUGGUUUAUGAUUAUUUUGGCCUGCUUGUGAAACGCGAUGUGAUUAAUGUAUGAGGCACAGGCUUGGAAAUAAAAUGUUAAUCACUGCAGAA